AUGUCCACAAUCAAAGUUGCGAUAGCCACGAACUCGCUAGGCAAAUCCGUCGCCGGCCACACAAUCCACCGGAAACUAGAAGCAGCCAAAUCUCACGGCUUUGAUGGCGUCGAGGUUGCCUUUGAAUGCCUCGAUGCACACGCUGCUACAUUGACCUCUCCAAAGACUCGCAACGACAAGCUCCGCGCAGCCGCAUCGGAUGUCUAUUCAAAAGUAACGUCCCUCUCCCUUAGUCUAAUUGCGCUGAAUCCAUUUCGAGAUUACGAUGGUCUGAGAAGUGCGCAGGAAGUCAAUUCCCGAUUGGAAGAAGCUGAGCUAUGGUGUCAAUUAUGUCAGAUCAUGCGAAUUCCGAUCUUCCAGAUCUGCUCAGCACUAUACCCCAUUGAAGAAUCGAGAAUCACAUCGGACCCGGUCGUCAUAGCUGCCAAUAUGCGAAAGCUCGGCCUCCUAGCACAAAAAUACAAUCUUCGGGUUGGGUACGAGGCUCCUGCAUGGGGGAUCCACAAGAAUACCUGGCAGCAUAUCCAAGAGGUUAUUGAUCUAGUCAAUCUUCCUAAUGUUGGACACUGCCUUGAUACAUUCCAUAUUGCAUCAAGAGAAGCUGGAGAUCCGUUUAAUGCAACCUCGCCUGUGCGGAAGGAUGGUCAUCACAGACUUCAGAAGAGCUUGGAUGAGUUGAAGCGAACUGUUGACCCCCAAAACAUUGUCUACCUGCAGCUCAGUGAUGCAAUCGUGGCUGACCCGGAGCAGAAGGGGUACCCUGUGAAGGAUUUGAAGCAACCCCCUUUUAUGACCCAGUCGAGGAAUUGUCGAAUUUUUCCAUGCGAGUCACAUCUUGGUGGUACUCUGCCUGCCGUUGAUGUAGCGAAGGCCAUUUUCGAUAUUGGGUAUAAUGGCUGGGUAUCUAUGGAGGUCUUCCACACUGAUAUGUUUGAUACACGAGUCUCGGUUCCCGAUGACUGGGCGAGACGGGGCAUGGAAUCUUGGCGACGGGUCAUUGUUCGCUGUGGACUCAAUCAUCGAGCAAAGUUCUAA